UGUGCAUAGUUACUGCCCUUUAAUAAAGUACAAAUGGCGCAAGACACGUCAGAAUUUAAACUCGCUGUCAAAUUAUUUCUUGUUAUUUUCAUUCAGUUCCAGGCGGCAAGGAAAUGUCAUGUAUUUGGAAACCAAGAUUUAUCAAAGGAAUAUGUAUUUUCACCUCAUGUCAUCAUGCAAGUCCUCGAACAAUCUAGUUUUGUUGGCAUUUCCAAGUCGGCACUUGAAGAAUUGUUUGAUGUUUACACUGGAAUUCAGAAGGCUUUCGCCGAGGAGGAAAGAGUUGUCAUUGGGCUGAUUGAUGUCGAAAACUUUGUCUGGCCAUCUGGAAACCCAUUAAAAACUGAUGAAGUGAGUGAGAUAACAAAUGAUAUUCUAUUAUUUCCGAGGAGGGAAAAUGAUAGGACAUGUUUGUCUACUGUAGGCUUAUCGAAGAAGGAUCCAGUUGCAGAAAGUUACACAGGUAUUAAAACAAUAGACAUACUUGUAGAGUUUAUCAAUCAAAAAUGCGAUACAUAUCGGACAAAAAGUGGAUACUUAUCCAUUGAAGGUUUGCAUCGGCAAGAAAUUCUAAAGUCCUUAUUUCAUGUACAGAACAUUUCAGACGUUGAUAUGGAACAUUUACUAACAGAAUCAAAAGGGUCAUACUGUUCCAAAGAAGCUUGCAAGAAAGAUAACGAAAAAAGCUCAAUCAGAAAUCAGAAAUCAAAAGAUGAAUUAGAAUCUAAAAUUGCAGUUCAACAUCACAGUGGACUUGAUUUUAAAGAUGAAGAGUUCAAAAUUCAGAGGUGUGAGCAGAAACCUUUACCAUCCAAAGAAGAAUUUUUUAAUAAAUAUUUAAAAUUAUCAAAGCCUGUAAUAUUCAAAAAUGCAAUAUAUCACUGGCCAGCUAUGAAGAAAUGGACAAAUGAAUAUUUUAAGACAAAUUAUGGUGACAGAUCUGUGCAUAUUAAAUUAACACCUCUCGGAGAAUUUGAAGGGGUAGAUUUAGCAUCAAAUUUUGAAAAUUAUAAUAUUUUCACAAUUCCAAAUUAUGUGAAGACACAGUUGUUAUUUCCAGACUUAGUAGUUGUUCGUCCUGCAACGAAAAAUAUGAACUUUUCAUCAUUUCUUGAUGUUGUUGAAUCUGUUGCAAAUGGAAGUAGAAGUGGAUUUUCAGCUUAUUUGGAAUAUUCAUCCAUUGCUGAGAUCAUGCCAGAGUUGGAGGGAGAUGUCAUAGAAAUGCCUUUCAUCCAGAAAAUGUUGCAGUUAAAACAUCUCAACAUCUGGCUUAGUGAUGGAAACACACUGGGAAAGUUGCAUUUUGAUCCAUUUGACAAUUUUCUUUGUCAGCUCAGUGGAAGGAAACAAGUGAUGUUGUUUGAUCCUCAUGAUAACCGGAGACAGUAUGAAGCUCACAUCCCAGAGGCAGUUCUUGCAUACAAUGAGACCACCAAGAUGUUCACUAAAAAACAACUGGUUGACACCACGUCUAUGGUCAUGUCACCUGUAGAUAUAACUAGACCAGACCUUGAGAGAUUUCCCCUGUUUUCAAGUGUUCACCCACUGAACUGCACAAUAGAUGAGGGAGAUGUUUUAUUUAUGCCAGCAUUUUGGUGGCACGAGGUUCAGUCCUAUCCAAAUAAAGAACAGGGCAGGAACCUGGCUGUUAAUUUCUGGUAUGAACCAUUUCUUCAGAAGGAAUUUCCAUGUCAAGAAUGUCGACUAGAUGUUAAUCCAAAAUACAGACAUCUUUUGUAGCUCACUAUUGGUUUCGUAUUCUUAAAUAUACAUUAUGCUCAUCUUUCUGUAAAAUGCAUUUGUGUUAGAUAUAACAUUAAAUGUAGUAAAUCUUCAUCUAAUAUCAGGGCUUGACAAAUCCACUUGUCCGCCUGUAAAUAUCAAGUAGAAAUUGGUUCUAGGUGUGUGGAAUUUGCUGUACACAAAUACUUGUAUGAAGGACGAGUGCAAUUUUUGACCAACAAUAUAGCAGAUGGAAUUAAAACGGCACAGUGCAGAAGCCAGAUAGCUAAAAAUGGUCAUAGUUUUAGUUGUUGUUUGCAACUCUAAAAUCUGUCCCACUGUGUAACCGUACUGCAUUAUGAACGCAUUAGUUAUCUUGAUAGACCAGAACAAGGUUACAGCAUGUACUGUUUUUAGCAGACUGAAAUAGACACUGAUAAAAUCAGUUGUAGGAGUAUGAGUACAAAUUCUAUCAGGAAGAGUGAACAUUCUAGGUUCUUGGCCUGCAGUACAAGUUGCUUUCAAAGAAUUUGUCAUGCCCUGAAAUAUAUUUGACUUGAAUAGAUAUACAGUAUAAACUAGCUGUUUAUUUAGAGUUGUUUUUGCUAUCAAAUGUAGUAAGUAAUUUGUAAACAAAACUGCCGGUUUUUUUCAGUUUUAGUAAAAAUUCAUACCGUAACUACAUUUAUUAACCCUUAACCAUGCAGCCUAAUCAUGCUCUGCACUGUUAGCUAUUCAGGCAGUAUCUUUUAGGUUAGCCCCCUUUUAACAGUUAAUGGUAUUGUCCAAAUGGAAAGAUUGACUAGUUCAUUAUAGAAAUUUGGCAGGAUAAGGGUUAAGCUAAGAAACAAUACAAACAUGUUUAUAGCAUUGGGUACUGUGUAGUAAUUGUUCUUUUUUUUUUCUAACAUGAAAUUCAGACAUAAUAUAACUUUUCAAUAUUUGUCUUAUCAUUUACUGUACUUCCUGCAUAUUUUAUUCAACAUUUUACACAGCUGUUCAUUUGACAAAAGUGUAAUCAAUACUCUAUUGGGUUUUACAUAUUGUAAUGUACAUGUAGUUUGUUUUAAAACUUGUCUCUAGUUUUGAUGUUGUUACAACUUUUUUAAUGGAGCUUUCUUGCGCAAUUUUGGAAAGUUCUUCACACAGCCACACAUAAGUUUUUCAAGUGUUAUUGUUUUCAUGAGCAGUGGUUUUAAAUAAUUUUGUCUGUCAUUUAUGCAUGAAAGAAUUCACCUUCAUUGUUAAUAUCUUGUCUGUAAAGCUGGUCGACUUAAUUAUUAAAUUUUCAUUCACAAAUACAGGAUUGGGAGAUUUCUUUAGAUCAGAUUGUAAAAAGUUGUGAUGGUCUUAAUAGUUAGUUUGAUGGAUUUACAGCAUUUUUCAACAGUAUUUCAGUGCCUUGGUAGCCAAAUGGUAUAAAGAUUGCUUUCUGGCCUUGUCAUAUCAAACAUGUGGAAAAUGGUACCAGUAGCUCUCUUGCAUGUAGCUUCCUUGUCAGUCAGUCAUCUCAAGGGAGAAUGGCUUCACUUUCUUGACAAUAGAUGUCAUCAGGAAUGAGGUGUCUUAUAUGUCAAAUAUAAGCUGUAAAACUUUUUCACAAUCAAUCUACAAUAAAUUAGUAUCCUAGACUCACCCUAUUUUGACGCACAUAACAGGCAAUAUGGCUGUGCUGUAACAUUCAGUAAGAUACAUGACUGUAUAUGAUGGCGCAUAUGCAGUUACCGUUUAUGCAUUGAAGCUAUGGAACAGCAUUUAGUAUACCUGACCUGUGUUCUUGCUUUUUGUAUCAGUACUUACUUGUUCUUGGGACAUUGCAGACAACUUUCCCAUAUAUGGAUUCUAGGUGGAUGAUGAAUUUCAGACACAUUCUCCGAAGUCCUAAAACAUAUGAAACAUAUAUGACUCAGUCAGAUGGGGAUCAGACUUGCAAACUGUCAAGUCAUAGUCUAGUGCUUUAUUUACUGCUGUAACUAGGUGGUCUUGCUCUGCAUAUUCAGAUGUCUGUAGAAAUGGUCUUAAUAAUGAGGUGUCUAUUGAGGUUGUCUUAAUGGAAAGGUGUCUUUAUUUAGGGAUGUUCUUUAAAGUGAGAUGUUUUUGUUCAUAAUAGUGAGAUAUCUGUAGAGAUGGUCUUCCUAGUGAGGUGUCUUUAGAGAUGGUCUUAUUAGUGAGCUGUCUUUAGAGAGUGUCUUUAUGUUGAGGUGUCUUUAUUAAGAGAUGUUCUUAAUAGUGAGGUGUGUUUAUAGAUGAUCUCCCUAGAGAGGUGUCUUUAUGUAGAGAUUUCUUGACUGGGUGUCUUUUCAGAUUGUCUUCCUGGUGACUUGUCAUUAAAGAUGGACUUGGUAGUAAGGUGUCUUUAGAGAUGUUCUUAAUAUUGAGGCCUUUUUAUCUAGAGAUGUUCUGAAUAGUGGGGCCUCUUUAUCUAGAAAUAAUGAAGUGUUUUUAGAGAUGGUCUUCCUAAUGACUUUUCAUUAGAGAAGGUCUCAAUAGUGAGAGGUGGACUUGACAGUGAGUUGUCUCUCUCUAAAGAUAUACUUUAUAGUGAGGUAACUCUAGAGGUGUUCUGAAUAUUGAGGAGUCUUCAGAGAUGAUCUUCUUAGUUAUUUAUCUUUAGAAAUGUUCUUAAAAGUGAGAUGUUUUUAUUUUGAGAUGUUCUUACGAGGGCUCAACGCGAAACUAGUCUAUCUGCUUCUAUUUCUAUAUGCACUUAGACUAGUUUCGCGUUGAGCCCUCGUUAUGGCCUUCCUAGUGAAUUGUCAUUAGAGAUAGUGUUACGAGUGAGGGGUCUCUAUCUAGACAUGGUAUUAAUAGCAAGCUGUCUUUUUCUCGAGAUUGGUUUAGUGUGUGGUUUUGCUGUUGUAGAUACUACAACUUUCAUUGACUCAAUUAUUUUUGCUCAUUUCUCAAUCAAACUGUAUUUUCAAAAUUAAAAAAUGUAUUAUUUAUCUGUUUUAUAUGUUUUUUUCUGAUUACAUUCCAGGAUGCAUGUAACUUUAGGCCUGUGAUUUUUUUUUAACUGGUAAUAAAUUAAGAAUUUUGGCUGUAAAAAUCUGUUUCUGCAUCUAUUAGAACAAUAUACGUUAAGCCUAGAUAAGCAUAAUUUCAGGCUUCUAACAUGUCCAUGAAUACCAAGCUGACAGGCCUAGGUUUUGGCCUGAAAUCUCUGAAAUAUAGCUUUUUGUAUGCUCAUUUUUUAAAAAGCAGGACAUAUUAUGGAAUGGCAUUCUCUAUCUGUUUGUCAACAUUUGCUUGUUUCAGACUCUUAAGUCAGAAAGUGAAACAGCUUUCAAACUUUACAGGAUGAGUAAGCACCACUUGCAGCGGAUUGUUUUUAGGGUCAGUAGGUUAGAGGUCAAGGUCACAGUGACCUAGAGACUGGAAAUGGGUUCUGGACUCUUAUAUCAUAAAGUAUAAGUCAGCUACAGCUUUUAAACUUAAUGCAAUAAGUAUCUGUAAUGAUUUUUUGGUCACUGGCUCAAAGGUCGAGGUUACAGCACCUUCUUGAAUUUUUCAUAUAUUUUUUUUGUCAGUUAAGUCAGAAAGUAUAAUAGCUUCAGCUUUCAAACUUUAUGGGAUGACUUAGCACCACUUGAGGAGAAUCACUUUCAUUUCUGGGGUCAGUAGGUCAAAGUCAGCAUUGUAGGAACUGAAUGACUAAAUAUGGUUUCCAGACUUGAAAGGAUCUUAACCAAUUUUUGGUCAGUGGUUAAAAACUCAAGGUCACAGGGACUUUAACUAAGCACCCCUUGAGGAGGAUUCAGAUUGUUUCUGGGGUCAGUAGGUCAAAGGUCAAUGUCACAGUAGCCUGGAGACUGAAAAUGUUUUCCAGACUGUAGAUCAAAAAGUAUUACACUUACAGUGUUCUAACUUUACACAAGGACUUUAUGCCACUAGAAAAAAGUCCUGUUUGAUUUUAACUAUAAAAAAAAAAACAAGGGAAAAUAUCAAACAGGGAAAGCCAUGUUCCAAAAAUGCAGAAAUCACAGCACACUACCCAAACACACACUCACACACAAAGCAAACACACGAGGACAAAACGAACAACAGUGGGGCACCGUCUUGCUUGGAACAGUCAGUGGCAAAAACUCCACUGGGGAGCUUAAACCAGUUUAUGGUGCACACCCAACUUCAUUCAUACAACCACUUACUCCCAUCCCUCUCCCUCUUUAGCCCACCAUCAUCAGAUGGUGGGCUAUUAAAAUCACUCUGCGUCCGUGGUCCGUCCGUUAACAAUUUCUCGUUAUCACAUCUCCUCAGAAACUACUGGGGGGAUUUUGACCAAACUUUGUCAGAAUGAUGUAUUGGUACCCUAGUUGUGUUCCCCUGAAAAUCAGACUGGUUCAACAAUUUAUGAGUGAGUUAUGGCCCUUUGUUUAUUUCUAUAAUUUAUAUAGAUUUAUAUAGGGAAAAACUUUGAAAACCUUCUUGUCCAAAACCACAGAGCCUAGGGCUUUGAUAUUUGGUAUGGAGCAUCAUCUAGUGGUCUUCAACUAAGAUUAUUCAAAUUAUUUCCCUGGGGUUAAAUAUGGCCCCGCCCUGGGGGUCACAUGGUUUAUAAUGACUUAUAUAGGGAAAAACUUUGAAUAACCUCUUGUCCAAAACCACAGGGCCUAGGGCUUUGAUAUUUUGUAUGUGACAUCAUCUAGUGGUCUUCAACUAAGAUUAUUCAAAUUAUACCCCUAGGGUCAACUAUGGCCCCGCCCUGGGGGUCAUAUGGUUUACAUAGACUUAUAUAGGGAAAAUCCUCUUGUCCAAACCACAAAGCCUAGGGCUUUGAUACUUGUAAUGUAGCAUCAUCUAGUGGUUCUCUACCAAGUUUGUUCAAAUUAUCCUCCUAGGGUUAAAUAUGGCCCCGCCCCGGGGGUCACAUGGUUCAUAUAGACUUAUACAGGGAAAAGCUUUUAAAAUGUUCUUGUCAGUAACUACAACAUUCAAACUUGGACCACAUGUAUAUUUUUGAGUGGCAAGAUGAACCUUGACAUGAGUUGACCUUGAUUUUGACCUAGUGACCUACUUUCACAUUUCUGUAGCUGCAGCCUUCAAAUUUGGACCACAUGCAUAAUUUUGUGCACUGGAAAAAACUUUGACCUUUAUUUUGACCUAGUGACCUUCUUUCACAUUUUUGAAGGUACAGGCUUCAAAUUUGGACUACAUGCAUAGUUUUGUGUACCGAAAAAAACUUUGACCAAAAAAUUUUGACCAUAUGCAUAGUUUCGUGUUUCAAAAUGAAAUUUGACAUUGAUUUUGACCUAGUGACCUACUUUCACAUUUCUCAAGCUACAGCCUUCAAAUUUGGACUACAUGCAUAGUUUUGUGUACCCAAAAAAACUUUGACCUUGACAUUGACCUAGUGACCUACUUCCACAUUUUUGAAUGUACAGGCUUCAGAUUUGGACCACAUGCAUAGUAUUGUAUUCUGAAAUAAAAUUUGACCUCGAUUUUGACCUAGUGACCUACUUUUACAUUUCUCAAGCUACAGCCUUCAAAUUUGGACCACUUGCAUAGUUUUGUGUACUGAAAUGACCUUUGACCUUUACAUUGACCUAGUGACCUACUUUCACAUUUUUGAGGUACAGGCUUCAAAUUUGGACCACAUGCAUAGUUUUGUAUUCCGAAAUAAAAUUUGACCUUGAUUUUGACCUAGUGACCUACUUUUACAUUUCUCAAGCUACAGCCUUCAAAUUUGGACCACAUGCAUAGUUUUGUGUACCGAAACAAACUUUGACCUUUACAUUGACCUAGUGACCUACUUUCACAUUUUUGAAGGUACAGGCUUCAAAUUUCGACCACAUGCAUAGUUUUGUAUUCCGAAGUAAAAUUUGACCUGGAUUUUGACCUAGUGACCUACUUUUACAUUUCUCAAGCUACAGUCUUCAAAUUUGGACCACUUGCAUAGUUUUAUGUACCGAAAUGAACUUUGACCUUAAGAUUGACCUAGUGACCUACUUUCACUUUUCUGUAGCUACAGGCUUCAAAUUUUAACCACAUGCAUAGUUUUGUGUACCGAAACAAACUUUGACCUUGACAUUGACCUAGUGACCUACUUUCACAUUUUUGAAUGUACAGGCUUCAAAUUUGGACCACAUGCAUAGAUUUGUGUUGUGUACGGAAAUGAAAUUUGACCUUGAGCUAGUCAAUAAGUCUUGAAAUUUGGAACACUCAAAAAUGGCACAUUGGUGGGCGCCAAGAUCACUCUGUGAUCUCUUGUUUUACUUUCAGUUUAGUAUUGCAUCUUACUAUCUACAUCCUGCAGCCCCCAACAUACUCCCUCCUCUCUAUCUGCCCCUGUACCUUUUAAAUAACCUCCCAUAACUACCCCAUUCUCUAUGCCUGUUUAUCUUUUCUUAGUUCAGUUACUUGUUUCUAUGUAUCCACUUCCCAUGCCAUUCCUCCCACCCCAACCCAACAAACAAACACCUUGAAAGUAAUUGCUGAAGCCCAUUUUUACUAUUCUGUCUAAUUUUGCUUGCAAACAGGCAGAUUCUGCCCAGUUAGGUAGAGCUUUUGUUCAAUAUACAGUCAGACCUGAUUGUAGUGGUCACACUUGGAGUGCUAGAAAGUAGCCUUAAUUUGCAGGCAGUCUUUGUUUACAGGUUGAAAUACACUGUUUUGUACACUAAAAAUGAAACUGGUGCCUGUAGAGCCAGAUGAUCAGAGUUUAUUAGCACAGACAAGUUUUGAAAAAAUCACAGGCGUUUAGUUACAUGUAUGAUGUUUCUUUGCCAAUUUUGUAAUGUUUUAGAAUAUUGUUUCUUUUUAAGUGUUUUAGCUUGAUAUGUUGGUUUCAUGUUGUGUCUUUUGGCAUAAAUGAUGUAAAAACAUUGACAA